GCCUCCGGGCGCGCACGUACUAGUCGCUCUGCCGCAGCCAACCGCGUAGCCAUCUGGUGGCGCAGGUGUCUGGGGGACCCCGAGCGCCUAGCCUGGGAGCAUGAUCGUGGACAAGCUGCUGGACGACAGCCGCGGCGGAGAGGGGCUGCUGGACGCGGCCGGCGACUGCGGCCUCAUGACCAGCCCGCUCAACCUGGCUUACUUCUACGGCGCCUCGCCACCUUCCGCCCCCGGCGCGGGCGACACCGGCUACCUGUCCGCCGUGCCCUCCGCGCCCGGCUCGCCCGGCUCCGACUCUUCCGAUUUCUCCUCCACUUCCUCCGUGUCCUCCUGCGGGGCCGUGGAGUCCCGUCCGAGAGGUGGCGCCCGCGCCGAGCGCCCGCAAGUUGAGCCCCAUAUGGGGGUUGGCAGGCAGCAGAGAGGCCCCUUUCAAGGUGUUCGAGUGAAGAACUCAGUGAAGGAGCUCCUGCUGCACAUUCGAAGUAACAAGCAGAAGACCUCCGGCCAAGCAGCGGAUGAGUUUAAGACCCAGAGUGCGAACACUGAGCAACUGACAGACCUGAAGAGUGCAGUAUCUGCAGUGGGGAAGAGAAAGGGACCCGAUCCUCUGUCCGAUGGACCCGUCUGCAAAAGGCCAGCUCUGGUGCCUACUCGCUUUGUGACAUCACCACAAACUCCUACACCUGGGGAGAGCAUGGAAGAUGUUCGCCACAGUGAACCCAAGCUGGAGAGCAGUGCUGCUCUGCUUCAGAACAUUAUAAACAUCAAGAAUGAGUGCAACCCCGUUUCACUCAACACUGUCCAGGUUAGCUGGAUGAGCCCUGCUGGGCCCCAGAACUCCCCAAGAGACCAGUGCCAGGAUUUCCAUGGAGGCCAGGCCUUCUCUCCACCUCAGAAAUACCAGCCGUUCCAAGUCAGUGGCUCUUCACAAAUGAUGGACCAGGCAUCUCUGUACCAGUAUUCGCCACAAACACAGAACGUGCAGCAGCCGCACCCGCUGCCUCUGCAGCCACAGCCGCUGCCACCACAGCAGCAGCAUCAACAGAAUUAUCCCCACCACCCGCCUCUGCAGUUCAGUCCGUAUUCCAGAAUGUCCCAGUCUCCCAAGUAUGAUUCCAACCUCUUUGAUAAUCAAGAUCCGCAGUUCUGCGCGAGCCAGAGUUUUGUGUCUCUCCUGACUGGCCAAGGGGAAUCUGAGACUCUCGCUGUUCCCGUUCAGGCUUCCCCCAGCAUUCCACACCAAACUGAGGCUCAGCUGCAGAACUUCAGCCUGAUGCCAAGCAAUGCCUGUGAGGCUGUCGGGGUGCACGAAGCUGGAUCGCACUCUUUGGGCCCUUCCCUGUCACUCCAGAGCAUCAUGGGAAGCCCGAUGAAUACCACCCAGCUAGGGAAGUCAUUUUUUCAGUGGCAGGUAGAGCAAGAAGAAAGCAAAUUGGCAAAUAUUUCCCAAGACCAGUUUCUCGCUAGGGAUGGAGAUGGUGACACGUUUCUCCAUAUUGCUGUUGCCCAAGGGAGACGGGCACUCUCCUAUGUGCUUGCAAGAAAGAUGAAUGCUCUUCACAUGCUGGACGUUAAGGAGCACAAUGGACAGAGUGCCUUUCAGGUGGCUGUAGCUGCCAAUCAGCACCUCAUUGUGCAAGAUCUGGUGAACCUUGGUGCCCAGGUGAACACCACGGACUGCUGGGGCAGGACACCUCUGCACGUCUGUGCGGAGAAGGGCCACUCCCAGGUGCUCCAGGCCAUCCAGAAGGGAGCCGCGAGGAGCAAUCAGUUUGUGGAUCUUGAGGCAACGAACUAUGAUGGCCUGACCCCCCUCCAUUGUGCCGUCGUGGCUCACAAUGCGGUGGUGCACGAACUGCAGAGGAACCAGCAGCCUCAUUCCCCAGAAGUGCAGGAUCUCUUACUAAGGAACAAGAGCCUGGUAGACACCAUUAAGUGUCUGAUUCAGAUGGGAGCCUCAGUGGAGGCAAAGGAUCGUAAGAGUGGGCGCACAGCCCUGCACUUGGCAGCGGAAGAAGCAAAUCUGGAACUCAUUCGCCUCUUCUUGGAGUUGCCCAGUUGCCUGUCUUUCGUGAAUGCAAAGGCUUACAAUGGAAACACUGCCCUCCAUGUUGCUGCCAGCCUGCAGUAUCGGGUGACACAGUUGGACGCAGUCCGUCUGUUGAUGAGGAAGGGAGCCGACCCCAGUACUCGGAACUUGGAGAAUGAACAGCCGGUGCAUUUGGUCCCUGAUGGCCCCGUGGGAGAGCAGAUCCGACGUAUCCUGAAGGGGAAGUCCAUUCAGCAGCGGGCACCACCAUACUAGGUCCAUUGGCAUGGAGCCUGGUUCAGCGACACUCACUGUCAGUUAGGCAGUCCUGAUGUAUCUGUACAUAGACCAUUUGCCCUGUAUUGGCAAAUGUAAGUUGUUUCUAUGAAACAAACCCAUUUAGUUCACUAUUAUAUAGUGGAUUAUAUUAAAAGAAAAGCAGACAGAUAUCUAAUUUUUUUGGCAGAUUUGCGUAUUUCAUGCCCAAGUAUCUGGGAUCUAUAUAUCUGAAUUUGAUCUUGAAUGGUAAAAUUGCCUUCAAUAAACAGUAGCUUUUUGGGUAGGAAAAAAAGACUCAUGGGAAAAGACUUGAUUUGUGGCAAAAAGCAUUGCUCAUGUAGAGAUUGCUGGGUCCAAAUUAAGCGGGCUCGAAACAUGAGAUGAAAAAUGAAAGCAUUUGAAAGGGGACAAAAAUUUGGUUGUGCCUUCGAUGCUGCUUUGGUCUGAUGCAGGACCUGGUGGCUAAUGCUCUCACUCUAGGUGAGGGAGGCCUGGAGUUAGGAUGUGGUCUUUGAAGCUGUAUAUAAUUGUUAUUUUUACCUUUUAAAAUGUUGUACAUACUUGAUUGUUAACCACGGACAUUUGAAAUGUACAAAUCAAUAAAGUAGAAAAGAGCUAGUGAAUUGUUACCACUUUAAAGAUUAUGCACCCUCAAAGCAGCUUUUAUUGUGUAAUCAUCCAACUAUAGCUGUCACAGAUAAAGCAGAGGGGGAAGUGGUCCCAACGUUGCUGUGGUUGCAAAUGGGCUUCUCUUGCAUUGGAAACAGACACGUUUGUAGGUAUUUGCAUAUUCUUGAAGAGACUGUUUUGUGAAUCACCUCUUAGAUUUAUGUGAUUUACAUAAGUUGUUGAAGUUUCUGUUUCUCCUUAAUAGAAAUUACAAAAAUUCAACACUGAAGCACAGUUUCUCGUUUUCUGUUGUCAAAUAGUAAUAAUGUGCUGUGAUGUUUAUGCCAUUCGUAAAGAUGUUUUACCUUUUAGUGUAAUGUUAAUUCUUUUAACAUUAUUUUGCUUAAAUUUGAUAUGCCCGGAAAGAAUAUAUGUAGCUUUGAUUAUAUACUGAUUGAUUGUGACAAAUGUGACCCAUUAAAAAUGAUGCUUUUUAAUAGACUAACUUACCUUUUGUAGCUAAGUACUCAUGCUCUUUUUUAAAAGAUACCUUUUGGAUUGGAUUGAUUGUGUUGUUUAAGUCAGGGUAUUUUGUGGAUGGAAGCUAAAUACAGUUAUUUGGCAUCUCUAAGGUGGAAUGAGCCCAAUCCACAGACUGACAAAACUCAUGCAUAGUUUCAAAUGAACAUUAAUAAACUCAUGUUGUCUUAU